AGUCUUUUCAUGCUGUAAAUUGCAGUUUUGUCAAUACACUUCGUCUUAAUUUUUUUAAUAGCGAUCUUAGUAGUAUUUUCAUGCUGAAAAUUUCAGAUUUGAUAAGAUACUUCGACUUAAAAUUUUCUUUGGUUGUAUUUCAGAGAAGUAGUGAGGUGUGAAGUUAGUAUACGAGAUAUAGGUGCUCCACACCAUGUGUAUUGUUGCGUAAACCUUCUCUGAUCACUUGAAGAUGGGGAAGAAAAAUCCAAAUGCACGUCGGUUUGCCUCAAGCGAACGUGCCCCGUCACUGUAUUUAACAAACUCACCUCUAAAUGCAAAUGCAGAGAGUAGUUCUGCUGCUCGACAGAAAGGUAACCAAUCAUGGUACAUCAGAUUGUCUGAUGAAAAGAAAGCAGAGCUCCUCGAGAAGCGUCGUGUCGCCCGGCGUGAGAAGAAGACUGCAGCCGUACAAAGUGUAAACCAUGCCCGGGUAUCACAAGAACAUGCUUCUUCUGUGGGGUCUGAGCAAUUUGUCCCUUUGAGCAACAUCACCAACACACACAUAGAUGUUGCAGUAUGUACGGCGGCAAGCUCCGCGGGUACUGCUCAUCUUCACCAAAACAAUAUUGCAGGCAAAAAAAGAAGUCCACAAAGUUGGUAUGCUGGACUAUCCGACGAGCGGCGAGCUGAGUACAUACACAAACAGAAGAUGGCCCGACUCGCAAGGAAAGCAGCAACUGCCGGGGUGAAUGUCCAAUUGCCUACAUCAUCUGCCUCGCAAACUUCAUCUGGUUUGAUAUAUGAUAACAACACAGGGAGAUGUCUCCCAGGCUCAGAUUGUGCAGAGACUUCAGGAGUUGGCUCCGGGUGAUUUUCAGUGGGACCUCGUACCCGUUGAGGAUAGAGUAUUCAGAGUGGAGUUUCCUUCGAUUGAGGACUUGCAGCGUUUGUUGAGCUUUGGGAUGUGUAAGGUGCCAGGCACCAAAGGUAUUUUGGAGUUCCACGAGUGGAAGAAAGUUGAGCCUAAGGGGAAGCCUCUUACUCAGGUGUG